GGGAUAGGCACAAGAUGGAUGACUCCGAGAUGUUGAACCACGUCGAGCGAAAAUUUUCUUCAAUAUUUUGCUGUUUUUGCGAACGACGAUGUUGACCACUAGCAGACCUGGGACUAAAAACCACGAAGAUCAUUUUUAGCGAAGUACAGCUACAGGAGCCGGCGAAAAAUAUUAUGUACAUGUAGGCGAUGAAAAUGAAACCGGCCAACUUGGUUUUCCGCCUCCGAACUACCCGCGGGGUGAUUCGCGUAUCCUGUGCAAAAGUAUCGUAAUCGUAGUAAUUGCAUUCAUGCAUUUACAAAUCUCUUUCUCAAGGUAAAUCAGCAUUACAAAUUCAAUUUGUAGUGCUGGGUCAAUUUUUUGUAAUGCAAUUUGUACUACUACGAUGCAAUGCUUUUGCAUUGCAUAUCGCGUCGGCGGCAGCGACUGCAGGGAGUUCUUGCAAGGGUUGUGCACACAGGACGUCGUCGGGCUAUCCUGUGCAAAAGUAUCGUACUCGUAGUAAUCGCAAUCAUGCGUUACAAAUCUCCCUCCUAACCUAAAUCCGCAUUACAAAUUCCAUUUUUCAUGCUGAGGUAAUUUGUCAUGCGAUUUAUACUAGUACGAGGCUUUUGCAUUUCAUACGGGCGGUUCGCGAACAACGCCUCUGCGGCCGGCGCGCCACAGCUUAUCCUGUGCAAAAGUAUCGUACUCGUAGUAAUUGCAUUUCUGCAUUACAAAUCUCUUUUUCAAGGUAAAUCAGCAUUACAAAUUGAAUUUCUAAUGCUGGGCUAAUUUGUCAUGCAAUUCAUACUAGUACGAUGCUUUUGCAUUGCAUACAGCUUCUUCCCUAUGCACUGCAAAUUAGUAUACCCCUGGAUGUUGUCUCGAACAGUACAACUUGUAAUGCUAAUGCUGUAUCUGGAUUCUACAAAAAAUCUGUACUGCAUGAGCGACAAAAGGAGUCCGAUUUUCAUUUUUUCUACGCGGGAAGAUAGGUAUUGAGAAGCUCUCAAAAAAUCUGUAAUGCUGGAGCAUGCGCUUGCACACUGCAUGCAUCACAGAUCGAUCUUGAUGGGCCAUGCAAACUGUGCAUGACAACCCCUCCAAUCUCCCAGACAGCACCCAGAAGAUAUGCUCAUUUGCAAUGCAUAUUCCCACCUUGUUUCUGAAUCCGAAAGGACGGAUCCUGUGCGAUGUCCUAAUACAGCUAUGCGGUGCAAAUAUGUCUGGGUCUGGAAACCUGUAAUGCUGGGUUGGGAAUUAUAGCGAAUGCUCUGUAAUGCACAGCAGAGCAUGAGAAAUAUCUGCGCUGCUUAGCGCUGCGCUUUCCGCAUGACAAACUGCGUUCUUGCAUGACAAGAAAAAGGAUUUCUUCUUGGACACGCAUCACAAACUUUUCAGUCAUGCCAGACAAGCAUGACAAACCUUGCAGCCUUCCAGACCCAGACAGAUUUGCAUUGGAUAACAGCAGGAGUCGAACGAAAGUUUUUUGCUGGACUGCGACUUAUGCUGCGCAAAAGUAUCGUAGUGGUACUAAUUGCAAAUAUGCAUGACAAAUCUCCUUCCUGAGGUAAAACAGCAUUACAAAUUCCACGUUUCUUCUUGCCAAAAUUUGUGAUGCAAUUUAUACUAGUACGAUACUUUUGCAAUGCAUACGACUUAAAACUGACCAAAAACUUGCUGAAGUUGCUAAACCGACACAAGCUCCGGCAGCCGCUGCAAUAUCACAAGAAAAAUGUGUAACAGUUACACAUUUGUACUUGGAACUUCAGCAACACAAAUUUUCUCUGUGUGUCAGAGAAAACUUGCAAUGCAGAGAUCCUAAGGGAAAACACGUACGAAAUGAAGUUCGCAAGCAUUUCUGGCAUGGCAAAGGCUGUCUGUCUUGCGGCUCCUGCAACACAAUGAUGUGUAACUGUAACACUUUUUUCUUGCGAUAUGCAAGUACAAGAGGUCACUGCGGAAUUCGAGCCGCUAGUCGGGUUACAACUAUUUCCGGCCCCCGCGGCCCCGGGCCUAGCCUCCGCUCCUGCUUGUGGCGCUGGCGACCGGAGUAUUUUCGACGCCAGCGCCGCAUUAUGAAUUGCAAAAGUAUCGUACUCGUAUAAAUGCGUUACACAUUCCCUCAGCAUGAGACAAAUAGAUUUCAUCUAAUGCGGAUUUACCUUAACAAAAGAAUUUGUAAUGCAAGACUUGUAUUUAUUAUACGAGUACGAUACUUUUGCACAGGAUACGCAUUUCUGGGGCAGGGACCAGCACCCGCCGAGCCAGGUAUCCUGAGUAAAAACGUCCCCACACCAGAGUUGUCAUGCAGAUUUGCAAUAACAGGAACAUUUGUAAUGCGCAUCCGCAUGGGAGCCAUUUCCAGUCGUGUUUUGGAAUUUGUGAUGCUGUGAACAGGAUGAGCAGAUGAAUCUGUGACGCGGCUGCACUUGCUAACCUGCACUACACUGCAGAGCGCAACUUGUCAUGCGUGACUCACAAAACUCCUAGGUUUGUGUUGCAAAAUCCCCAUCCUGCCUCUGGUGUGGGUACGUUUUUCCUCAGGAUACCAGGAGGACCGGCUUCUUCUCCGUGGUCGUCCGAGACGGAAGAACCGGGCACGUUAGACCAGCUGCACCGAAACCCCGAUCCCCGAACCGCGUUUCUGGGCUACCGCAUGCUUGUGCCGCGACGAAAGAGCAAUGCUGGGGUAGUUGCCGAAACGUCGAGCAGCACCUCUGCCUCUCGUAGUAGCUUUAGUGGUAGUACUUCUUCUUCGUCUUCCUCCACACAAGAAAUAAAUAACGAGUUUCUUUACCGGCAGUUUCGCUACUCGGUCGGGGUUCCUGAGGGUGGCGACGAGCUGAUCCCGGAGAAAGCGCUGCCGUACGACGCGCUCAGGUGUUGCACCUCAAACGUUACAAUAGAAUAUGGAAAUCUCUGAUGCAAGAAGUGCAUUAUCCAGCCAACUUGCAUACAAGGGUUGCGCAUGACAAGUCCCGGAUUCCAAAACCGCACUGCAAUUAUCUGGCGAAAUUUGUAUUGCAGAAAGUAGAACGCUCUGCGAGUCUGUCAUGCUCACCGUGCAAGACAGGUCUCAGAUUCUCUCGUAACGUUUGAGAUAAUUGUAACGCCUGAGCGGGUUAUAUGCCGCAGAAGGCAAAUCUAGAUCUGCUCAACUUCAUCGACUUUGAGAAGGGUUGCUACACCGGGCAAGAGCUGACCAUUCGAACGCACCACCGCGGAAUGGUGCGACGCCGGCUGGUAAUCGUGAAGCAGAGUUUUCCAAGUGACGCGGCAUUGGAGCUGGCCGAGUCCUCCGAAGGGCCGACGGAGAGCAAAAAUCCCGGUACUAUAAAUUUUAUUUUAUUAGUGUUCAUCUUGUCAUUGUGCUUAUGCUUUCAUCUCUUUUUGCAUUGUAAAUUAUCGCAUAAUUUUCUACUCACGUCGCAAGAACCAGAGUGAUCUUCCCUGAGCGUGGGCGAUGCGGGACGCGGUCCACUCCGCCGUGCUGACCAUAUCAACAUUUGAAACGACAGACGGCUCCGCGCGACUUUCUCUGAAAGAUUUUUUCGUCGAACACGACAAAAGAACGGACGCCGCGGCACGAACAAACCUGUUCGAACUCGCAGCACAGCAGCAUGCGGAAAUAAAAUCGCAGGACAAGCUAUCCUGAGUACUUAAUGAGAACGUCCCCACAGUAGGGUCAAAUUGGGACGACGUGUGCAACACCAAUCCAGCUAUUUUGCUCGUCACGCAUGACAAGUUCUUCUCUGUAGAUGAAGUGUAGUGCAGGUCAGUAAGAAAAGCCGCAGCACAAAGUCAUCAUUUUAUCCUGUCUACAGCAUCACAGAUUCCGAAAGACAACUAAGAAUGCCUGUCAUGAGGAUACGCAUGACAAACCUUCCCGCAGAUGCAAUUCUGCAUGACAUAAACUCAAUGGUGGGGACGUUUUUACUCCGGAUACAAGCGUGGCGGGGUGGUCCAGGCGAAGGCCGGCGAAAUGGUGUCCGCGUGUAGCAUAUGCAAUGCAAAAGCAGAAGCACCGUACAACUCGUAUUGCAAUGAUGCAUUUACAAAUCUUGUUCUUAAGGCAAAUCCGCAUUACAAAUUUUAUUUCUCAUGGUGAGGAAAUUUGUAAUGCAUUUAUACGAGUACGAUACUUUUGCAAUUCAUAUAGCAGUUCAUCUAUCGGGUUUGCGAGCAUAACCGCGUUGGACGGGAAGGCCCCACUGAAUUCGGUCGAGGAAGCCCGGGAAAACUUUCUGGAACAGCAGAAAACACGGACGUUUUUCACGACGGUGGUCAACACUGCAUCUACUUCACCUGCUUGUUCCGAACAAGAGGCAGGUGCAGGAGACAAGACGAACCUUCCAGCGCCGGGGGCACCGAUUUUUUUGCAAAUUUUCACGCCGCCCUACUUUUUUCCGCACAAAGAAUAAUUUCAUCUUGCCCAUCAUGCUGGUUGUUGUAGAAGCCAUCAUGAAAAACGGUUCGCCACAAGAACAGGAUUCUUGUACUAGUAUCAAAGAAAAAAAGUUCGUCACGAUCACUCAUGCGCAUUUUUGCAAUACAAAAUUGUUUGUCAUGCGUAAAAAUGCAUCACGGCCAAACUUCAUUAGGGAUUUCCCUAGUGUUUCUGCAAUACAAGGAAAGUUUGUGAUGCUGAGAAAAUUUGUAAUGCAAAACCUGCAAUUUAGUGACUGUGACUGUGACAAACUUUUUUCUUUCCAUAACUAGCCUUGAAAUACUAUAGCAACAUGACUGUUUUCGUCACGGCUUGAUACUGUUAGAUGCAACUGCAAGCCCGCCGCACUAAGCCAAGGUGCCUGGUGAUCAUGGCUUUACGCUGCUUCACGUUCUGGCAGGCCUUAAUGAAAAUGCAGCGCUGUGGGGGUCAACACACGACUAGAACAGAUGUUGUCACUUCAGGGACAUCAAGUCCUAGUGCGACUGUCAUGAGGCCGAGAAGUGAACGGGAAAUAUUAAACAACAAGGCAGAUGAAUUAUGCGUGAAAACAGCUCGGUGCCUGCUGCUUCCAGGAUGGCCCACAAACUGAAAAGCUCGUUGUCCCGUGGUCAGUGUCACUCGUCUAAGUACUUGAAAGGC